GACGGUGACAUGUCGGAGGUUCUCACUGUAGAUGCUAUUUUGUUUGGGCUCCUGGUCUUUUCUGGCAUCCUUGGAAACAUCUUGGUCAUCCAUGUGGUGCUUCAGUCUGCCAUUGAGAGUCCAUCCCGGCGACUCCCUCCCUCUGAUACUAUUCUGGUGCACCUGUCGCUGGCCAACCUGUUGACCUCACUUUUCCGCACGGUGCCCAUCUUUGUGUCUGACUUGGGCUUGGAUGUCUCCUUGGCCCCGGGCUGGUGUCGCCUCUUCAUGCUGCUGUGGGUGUGGUGGCGAGCUGUGGGCUGUUGGGUGACUCUGGCCCUCAGCGCUUUCCACUGCACCACCCUGAGGCGCCAGCACAUUGCCUUUGGCCCUCUCGCUCAGCAGCGGGAGAGGCGGCGGGUGUGGGUGAUUCUGGGGCUGGUGUGGGGUGCGAAUCUGGCUUUUUCCCUGCCGGCUCUGGUGUACACCACUCAUGUUCACGGAAACGCCACGGUGGAGCUGAUGGUGAUCAGCUGCACCACCAGGCCUCUGCUGGGCUGUGUGUGGGAGUUCCCUUCAAAUGAGCAGGGCGCAGCCUUCGCCUCCAGUUCAUUGGCCCUCAAUGAAGUGGCGCCACUGGUUCUCAUGGUUUGCACCAACCUGGCCACGCUGCACGCCCUGGCCAAGCACAUCCGGGCCGUCACCUCAGGAGGAGAGUCGGGAGUGAACCAUAGUGAACUGGACAGACAUGUGGCCAGUGAGCGUAAAGCAGGUCAUGUGAUCAUGUGCCUGGUGUCACUCUUUGUGGUCUGCUGGGCGCUGCAGGUUGCCGCGGUGACAUACUACAACCACGAUGGGGGGCACCAUGCUGAGGGGCUGCUGACCGUGUCCCAUUUCUCUGCCUCGCUGUUUGUAGGGUUUAGUCCCAUGGUGGUGGCUCUGGGACACGGCAAGCUGAGGAGGAGAAUCAUGGGUAUGAUAAUGGGGUGGACUGAUGCUGUCAAAUGUUGCUGUGAGGAUGCUGAAGGGGAGAGUAAAUCCCCAGAAAACAAUGGGAAGAAGACGAAUCAGACAAUUUUUUUUGUGCAAAAAGAGAGGGAGGUCAUAACAGUGGAGGAGAAUGUCAAAGGAAAGAAAUGA